ACAGAGCCGUUGGCCGUAUUUAUUUAUUACAAGCUUUUGCUUAUCCAUAUGUUUUUUUUUUUACAUUUAUUUUUUCUGAAGACAUUUGUUUGUAAUAUUUGGCUGGGAUAUGCAACUCUAUGACUCUACAGAUAGUAUAAUCUUCGCAAGACAAGCUUGCAAAUUUUAGAUUUAAUCCCAACACGCCUUCUGUUGCACUGUGAGGUUGGGCUACACUUGCGUCUUCCAUUGACAUUAACGCAGACGUUAAUAUGUCUAAAUUAGUGUUUUAACAGCCAAAACAGCGGUGUAUAACGUACAUGUAAAUAGUUAGACACGAAAGAUUUUUGAGUUAAUUUCUCGAUAUUCUGCUUCUCUAGCCUGGCGCUGACUCGAUGAUUCUGAGCGUGAUUUGUUUGGUCUGGGUAAAACGCGGCUUGUUUGACAAUCUGGGAAGUGGCUCAACAUGAACCAGUUUCACUUAUUUACUUCGAAAUCCAAGACCAAACUGUACCAAUUUCAGAGACUUUUUUGACUUUUACAAGAAUAAUGGCGUCUGUAAUGGAAGAUCCCACGCUUGAAAGACAUUUUAAAGGUCACAAAGAUGUUGUGUCCUGUGCCGACUUCAGCCCCAAUAAUAAACAGCUUGCUACUGGAUCCUGUGACAAGAACCUUAUGAUCUGGAACCUCACUCCUAAAGCCAGAGCAUUCAGGUUUGUGGGUCACACAGAUAUCAUAACAGGUGUCCAUUUUUCUCCAAGUGGUUCCUUGGUGGCAUCUUCAUCCAGAGAUCAAACAGUUCGACUGUGGACGCCCAGCAUAAAGGGCGAGUCGACUGUGUUCAAAGCUCACACAGCGAGCGUUCGAAGCGUUCAGUUCUCCAGCGAUGGCCAAAGGCUGGUCACGGCUUCAGAUGACAAGUCUGUGAAAGUGUGGGGUGUUGAAAGGAAGAAAUUCCUCUAUUCUCUCAACCGGCACACCAACUGGGUGCGCUGUGCGAGGUUUUCUCCAGAUGGUCGUCUUGUUGCUUCCUGUGGUGAUGACAGGACGGUUCGCCUCUGGGAUACAUCCUCGCGUCAGUGCAUCAACAUUUUCACAGACUACGAAGGGUCAGCAACGUUUGUGGACUUCAAUUCUAGUGGCACGUGCAUUGCAUCAUCAGGAGCGGACAACACAUUGAAAAUCUGGGAUAUUCGUACAAACAAAUUAAUACAACAUUACAGAGUUCAUAGUGCACGGGUCAACUGCUUUUCCUUUCAUCCAUCCGGAAACUAUCUGAUCAGCGGUUCAAGUGACAGUACAAUGAAGAUCUUAGACCUGCUGGAGGGGAGGCUCAUUUACACCCUUCACGGCCACAAGGGUCCAGUGCUGGCUGUGGCGUUCUCUCGAGACGGAGGUCUGUUUGCUUCAGGAGGUGCUGAUUCUCAGGUUCUGAUGUGGAAGACCAACUUCGAUUCACUGAAUUACAGAGAUCUGUUGAGCAGGCACAGCAAACGAGUCACUCCGGAUCCACCUCCACACCUGACGGACAUUUACCCUCGAGCACCUCACCCACACAAUGCUCAGAAUGGCACAGUAGAGAUUAAUCCCAUUGUUGCUGAUACUCAGUCUGGUGACCCAGAGGUGGUUGAAGUGGGACGUGUUCUUUUCUCCACAGCGAAAUAUGGGAAUGUCCUCAUUCUUCUGUGCAAAAUGCUGCCCUUUCUGCUUUACAAGCGGAUUGAGGAAAUGCUGCGAGACGGCACACUACAGACUGUGUGUGCCUUGCAUGUUUACAGGAAGUCUCUUUCUCUGGCCCUUUCUUUCCCCCUCUCUUUUUUUCUUUCUUUUUUUGUUGUUGAGCACACUCAUUCUGGCUGUGUAGAGUAGCUCGAGCGUGACAUCAAAAACACACAGAGCACACACGUGCCUAAAGCUGGGCUCUGAUGUGACCUCACUUUGCCGCUGGAGCCAUAGACUAAUAAUAGACUCCUCCACACUGUGUCUUCAGCUCUCUCCCUCUCUUCCAUUUUUCCCUUUUGUCUGUACACACUGUACUACACAGACAAAACAAUUGUUCGGCUUAGUCGCCUGCACACUCACUGACUAGUCGAUUAGUUCUGCCACUAUAUUCACGGGAUAGGUUUUGACUAGUUGUUGAUCAUGUGAUUUCAGUUACACUUGUUCUGUGCUAAGUCCCAGCUGGUGUUGCUGUGCGUCUUUAACCACAUUCAUGCUUUUGCAAAUCGCAUCAGGAUUUGAUUGUUAUUCACGAGCAUCAAACUCCGUUUAAAUGGAUUCUGUUUAAUUGGGUGUAUUUCCGUUGUUUUUAUGAGAUAUGAAAGACAUUUGCUAAUGCUGCAUGUUACACAGGAUGUGUUUUGGACGGUUUUGAAUCAGUCUUUUUAAACAAGCCAUUAAAGGAAUCAGCUCAUAGUA